AUGGAGGCCGAGCUGCAGCGGAUGAUGGGUGACAAGGCACUGAAGUUUCGAGGGGUGCAGGCGGCAGCGAUACGGGCCAUCCAGGACGGUGAAAGUCCCGUGGUGGCCAUCAUGCCAACCGGAGGGGGGAAGAGCAUGAUGUUCAUGUUGCCCGCGUGGGUUGCACCCGGGGGAACAACGGUGGUGGUGGUUCCACUGGUGGCGCUGCGAGGGGACAUGCAGCGGAGGUGCGAGGAGCUGGGGAUAUCAUGUGUGGAGUGGGAGAGCCGAAGACCGCCCGAUGAAGCAUCGAUGGUGCUGGUGACACCCGAGUCCGCAUUGAGCGAGGACUUCAUCACAUUUUUGAACCGACAGCGGCUGAACCACCGACUGGACCGGAUCGUCAUCGAUGAAUGCCACACGGUGCUCAACGACCAGGUCAACUUCCGGCCCCAGAUGCAACAGCUCGGCAAGCUGAUGGCGGCCAAGACACAGAUGGUGCUGCUGACGGCCACACUGCCACCCGGUGAGGAGGAGAAGCUGUGGUCCCGCAUGCACUGCACCCGAGCGGACAUAUCAUUGUUCCGGGCGCGGACAUGCCGUCCAAAUGUGGCAUACCGAGUGUGGCAACCCAUCAUUGAAGGGUCAGAGUACGGUGGGCUCAACCGAUGGUUUCAAGCACCCAGCGUGGUCAGGUUCAUCCAGGACCGCAUGAGACGGACGGGAGAAGGCAAGGGGGUGGUGUACUGCCAGACGGUGAAUCAGGUCACGACGAUGGCAAGCGCAUUGGGGUGCGAGGCAUAUCACCACCACCAGAUCGACAAGGCCGGCAUACUGGAGCGUUUCCGACAAGGUCAAUACCAGGUCAUCGUGGCGACAAGUGCACUGGGCAUGGGAAUCGACAUCCCCAACAUCCGCAGCAUCAUCCACGUCGGACGGCCGCGAUCAUUGCUGGAUUAUGGACAGGAGAGCGGGCGUGCAGGGCGUGAUGGACAGGCCAGUGAAGCCAUCAUCAUUGAGCCCGAGGGUAUCAGUGCAGCAAUGAUAUGGUCAAGAAAGGAUGCACCAUCACUGCUGGACCAGAAGCUGGUUGAUCGGUACAUGCAGGCAGGGGGUGAGGAGGGUGAUGAACCGAUGGCUCGAUGUCGACGGGUGGUGCUGGACCGGUACCUGGACGGGGAAGUGGAGGGUUACAUGAGACGGCACUGCGGUGAUCGACACACAGGGGAGUCCCAGUGUGACGGGUGCGAUGCCGAGUGGGAGGCCAGGGAGGCCGUGUUCACCCCCAGCCCAGGUGGCACGCCCACGCCCACACCCAGUCCAGGCUACAGUUCAAGAGCAACAGCCAAGGAUGACUCCAGCGAGGAUGAAACCAGCCAGGAGUCAGAGAUGGAGAGCCAGCAGGGUGAAACCCACAUCAGAUUCAACAGCACAUGCAGUCCCAGAAUGGCCAGAAGUGUGAGCAAGAGCCCAGACGACAACAUAAAUGAAAGCAGCACCAAGAAUGAAGCUUCAACUUCAGGCGGGAGCAGCCCGGGUCAAUGGAACAAGCAAGAGUCAAGUGAAAUCAGUGAAGACACCAGGGGCAUCCCAUCAACAACCAGACAGACAUUCCACAAGCAGGAUGUCCGUCGGGGCCGGUUCAUCAUCACACACCAGCAGCGAGGGCAGAGGGCAUUGAUGGAUGAGGAGGUUUUAGUGGAAGAGGCGCAGAGGUGGAAGGAUCAGUGUUUGAUAUGUGCAAGUGGCAAGCGGGAGUUUGACCAUGAGCUGUACCAGUGUCCCCACGAGGAGAGCCAGGAGGCAAAGAGAUGGAUGAUGACAGUGCGGAGCAAGAUCAAAUACACACGUGGCAAUGAUGAUGUAUGGGUGUCACAGCAGCUGAGAGAGUUCAAUGUGAAUGCAGAUGAUCAGGAGGCGGUGAUUGAAUUUUUGAGACAGAAGGUUGAGGGACAGGGCAUCGAGCACAACCAGCUGGUGGAGAUGUUUUGUUGGCUGCGAGGGAUAUAUCAGGAGGCAGAGAGGGGGAAGAUGGAGUCAGAGGGUACAGGGGUCAAGUGA